AUGCUUCCACGUCCAACUAGUAUGCUCCUUGAUGGUGAUGAGGGAACCGAAUCGGAAUUCGCCUUGGUCGAUCUUGAUGCCUUCUUUCUUGCAUUCGACGUUUUUGCAGCCUGCGCGCCCUGUGCUGGCGAUUUCUACCCACGUGAUCCCCGAAUACCACCCGCAACUCAACAUAAAUUCAAGAUCCCCCUUCCCGAAGAUGACCUACGACAGCAUAUGGAAGCCUGGCUCACAGCCCUGGAGCCAUUUCUACCAACUGAAUUGCGUCGCGCUGCGUCAGAAAAAGAUACGAAGCGGCCUCUUGCGCAGGCUAUCGACUAUGCCAGACUUAUAACCGAAGCCCAGUCUUCCUCGCAGGAUAUACUGAGCCAUAUGGGCACGGUCGAGGGACGGUGGAAUGUUGUAAUAUGGUUGAUUAAAUGCCUGGUGGAGGAAGGUUCUGGCUUGAAGAGAUUGCGCGGCGACCCGGAGACCUCUGACCGUGCAGCCUGGAAGGAUACUUCGUUGUCACUGAAGGAAUUGACACAAUUUCCAAUCUAUGCUGAGAGGAUACGAAAACCACAAAGGCUCAAUCAAAGCCUAAAGGAGCUCACUUCCGCCCCCGAAACAAUUCAAUACCUAUCAAACAUCAUGACGGCGGCGCUCGGCCAGGUUUGGCGCAGUCUAGGAUCUAUGAUACUUGUGGCGGCAGAGGAACCAGUACCGAACGCAUCUACAGUUAUGUCUCAUGUGUUAGAGAUUAUAGCCUAUCUCCACCACGUCGAGAUGAUUCCUCAGGCUAUAUACCGAUACGCGCCGGCUCGCGACCCUUUCACCCUACAACAGCCCCCGACUCUACACCUGCUGUCCUCGAGAAUCCUUACAUCGCUUUCUGACGCAACGUGGAGAGCCCACGAGGCGUCAUUACAACCUGGCAAAACACCAGUCAAUUCUCAGUAUUUCAUGGGACACGAAAUACCUGGAUCCCGGAUUAAAAUAACGGUGCCUCAGGUAGGUCCAGAAAUAUGGGUGGAGCUUGUUCUUUGGUCAUGUCUUCAUGGUGGCUGGAUCACAGAUGGUGUGGCGAUAUUGGAGAAGCUCUCAUCUUAUAGCGACGACAAGCGUUGGUCUGUCAUCUGCUGGCGGGACAUCGUGGCAUCAUCGCAAUCCGCUGAAUCCCUCCAGGAACCCAAAAACUGGGAAAGAUUGGCGGCGGCAUUUGAGUACCCAAAUCGGUCGUAUGCAUCAGAUCGAGGAGAUCGACGCCUUGUACAACGAACUAUAAGUAGCGAAGUAAUUGCUGCUUUUGUGGACGGCUUGACAAACACUAUGCGAUUAGGGGUGGGUGCUCGAGGCAAUGCUCCAGAGGAUAUUUUGCGGCAUAUCAAGAAUCUCAAGCACCUCCUGGACCAAAACAAUUUGAGUCUCGGCACGUCUUCCUGGGACGGCAUAAUCCUCCGACUUCUAGAAUCACAUGGAAUUGUUCCAGACAAGCGACCCUAUGUCCUCUUAAAAAUACUCGACUUGAGCCAAGGUUUUGGGAAAGAAAUUUCGUCAGCCAAUGUCGCACUAGAGUCAUCGCUAGACCAACUUAGUCCCAACUACGUCUUUGAAGGAUCAGCAGCUCCUAUUGGGCUGCUCCACAGAACGCUACGAGCUUUCAUCGAGGCGGGACAAGCUGUUGGAGCCACGAUAACUCUCAACAAGCUGCAGGAAUACACGGACAACAACAAGAUGGGUUCCAUGAUAGGUUUUUUCCAAGCCUUGAAACGUCAGCCUUCCACACCCGAACACCCUUUUGGAAGCACUUUUGCCCCUGUCGACUUCCCUGGGUUCUAUCCUCAAAUACCUGUUCCUCUGCUGGCUGGUCUGCUUGACGUAUUAGCCAAGACGCACUUGUCUCGCAUCUGUGAAUGGCUCUUAUUCUCGGACGAUCUAGAUGGCCCAUUGAUCCCACCUCGGAUGUACCGAGAUCGGAGAAUCACUCCUUCGAUUAUUCGGUAUGGGACUAUUUCCAAAAAUAAGGAGUUGCUUUUGAAGGUAGUAGAAGCAGUUGCUGUUCCCGUACCAGGAAAGCAAGGUGGUCUUGCCCGCCUUCCAGCAGAAGUUUUGUCGGCAUUUCUUAACAGCCAAAUCGAAGGCCGCCAGUGGGCAUCCGUCACUUCUAUCUGCCAGUAUGCCGCCAGCAGCCCUGGGUAUCGCCCUAGAGCUGAGACGCUCGCAGUGUUUGCCAGCAAAAUGCUCUGGGAUUCAGUGUAUGCUUCAGACGCAACGGAACUAGAGACCGAUAACACCGUCAAGACCCAUUUCGCGAACCUCCUACACUUGUGGCGUCAGAAAAUCAAGGACCACUUAGAUGCUGAGCUCAACACCAUUCUUGGCAUUAUUUCUACUGUACAUCCUGACUACUCCGAGUUCUGCGAGAGCUUCUGGACAGCCGUUGGCCGACAGCCUACCGUUAUUGGUACUUCGGAGUUCAACAAAAUCUUAGAAGGCGUAGCUAUAGGUUACGGUUCUAUUGAAGCGAAGCGUAUCGUGGAUCUCUGGUGCAACGUUCCCCCUGGUCCCGCAUACUGGCCCUUUCGCUCGCCUGGAGGCUUGCCGAAGAUGUCGAAGUUCAGGCCGCCGAAGAGUAUCGAGUACCACAACAGACCGCGGGAUAUUGAGAUGGAUAGAUCAGCCAGUUUCCGAGGGCUCAGUUUCCGAGGGCUUGUGACUCCCAAUAUCCACACGUACCGGAUUCUGCUGCGGAGAGCUCGGCAUGAGAAGAAGCGCAAACAGGGAAAGGGAACGGAGAUGUCGCCGAGCGAGCACAUGAAACUCAAGGAAAUGCUGGCGUCGGUGGCAUUCCAACGCACACGACAAUCCUUUGUGCGCCCAGCCGUCUCCAUUGCGCCCCUGUCCAAUGCGAAACAGCCACGGUUGCCCAAAGCAGAAGGCCGCAUACCCAGCAACCGACACGUCGAGUUAGGCGAGGCGGAGCGGAUUUGCUGGGCUGGGCGAGGUGGAGACCUGCGUGUGAGUGGGGAUUUUGGCGAUGCAGCGAGGCCUGACGCAUGCAAGCCAAAGCUGACAUGGUCCCAACCCAUGAAUCUACCAUAA